CGGGUGGGGCGGUGAGGGGGACAGAGAACAGGUGCCAAGGUGGCACGAGGCUGGGCAUGUGCCUGGCCCCGGACAGUGUCUGAGGAGUGUCAGACCCUCAGGGCUGUCGCUCUGAAGACCCCUGCCCCCAGCAGAGGCCCUUGAUCUCUUCAGAAGCCGACCACCUACCUACUCGGGGCGGCAGGAGUCCAGGUAUCCCACCCAGCCCCCAUCCUGGGCCCAAAGGCCCCCAUCGGAGUCUUGGCUCUGCUUAUAGCAUCUGACGCCGAGGGGCUGAAAAUAGCCCCUGGCGGAGGGGGAGGGGGCUAUUUAAAGCGCCUGGACGGAGCGGAGCCCAGGGAGCGAGGCUGAUCAUGGCUGCUUCGGAGCUGAGCUGCCAGGUGUCCGAGGAGAACUGUGAGCGCCGGGAGGCCUUCUGGGCUGAGUGGAAGGACCUCACGCUGUCCACGAGGCCUGAGGAGGGGUGCUCCCUGCAUGAGGAGGACGCGCAGCGGCAUGAGACCUACCACCAGCAGGGGCAGUGCCAGGCGCUGGUGCAGCGCUCGCCCUGGUUGGUGAUGCGCAUGGGCAUCCUCGGCCGGGGGCUGCAGGAGUACCUGCUGCCUUACCAGAGGGUGCUGCCCCUGCCCCUCUUCACCCCCACGAAGAUGGGCGCCGCCAAGGAGGAGCGCGAGGAUACCCCCGUCCAGCUGCGGGAGCUGCUGGCCCUGGAGACGGCCCUGGGUGGCCAGUGUGUGGAACGCCAGGACGUGGCCGAGAUCACCAAGCAGCUGCCCCCCGUGGUGUCGGUCAGCAAGCCGGGCACCCUUCGUCGCUCUCUGUCCCGCUCCAUGUCCCAGGAAGCACAGAGAGGCUGAGAGGGACGGACUCGGGCUCCGCUGUGCCCACGCCGGGCUGGGCCCCUCCUGGCUAGGACCACGGAGGGGAGCUGCUGGCCGUGGAUGCUUUGUAGUUUGCCCAGAGUUGGGGGCUAGGCAAAGGGGGAGCCGGAGGCCAGGGUGCCUGAGUUCCCAAAGGAGGAAGGGGAGCGAAGACAGUGGGCGCUCAGCGUGGAGAGCUAGGGGCCAGCACAGCUGAGCACCCCCAGCCCGAGGAGAAGGGGCAAGGAUGCUGGUGAGGGACAGGUGCUUGGGAGGGGCGACCCUGCUCGGAGGAGGACACGGGGAGGGGUCAGGAGGUCCGGAAGGCGCUGGGAAGAGGCUUGGAGGAGACUGGGGGGGGGGACACGGAGAGGCAGAGGCAGGUGGAGCCCCCAGCACCCGUUAGCGCUGCAAUAAAUGCUCAAUGGUGUUCCA